UCAAUCUCACUAAAAUAAAAACCAGCACCAAAACUCUUUAACAUUUUUUUAAGAAUUAUGUUACGAUUACAAUUCCAGUCAAAAUGAGGUAACAUGUGAGGUCCUUAUUCAUUGGUAAAAGACACAUUUUGUGGAAUGCAGAGCUUUAGAUUUUGAAGUUUGGUUCCAACUUAAUCAGCUUGUUGAUUUCAAGAUAUUUCGAACCCCCUUAUUUAGUUGUUGAAGUUGGUAGUUCUAGAGGUCAAAUAAUCCCCUUUCGCAUAAGAUUUUGUGGUCAGUUAAAUAGGGUGAAUUGAUCGAUAACAAUUUGAGAUAUUGGAGGUGAAAUCAGUUGGCUUUUCUGCAGCGUUCACGAUGAAGUUCAUGAAACUUGGAUCAAAGCCAGAUUUGUUUCAAUCCAGUGGUGAAAACACACGGUAUGUAGCAGCCGAGCUCACUACUGAUAUAAUUGUAAAUGUGGGUAACAUAAAAUUUUAUCUGCACAAGUUUCCCCUGUUGUCCAAAAGCGCUCGUUUACAGAAACUGCUUACAGUUUCAAGUGAUGAAAACACUGAUGAACUUGAAAUACAUGAUAUACCUGGUGGACCUGGUGCAUUUGAGAUAUGUGCAAAAUUUUGUUACGGUAUGACAGUUAUACUCAACCCUUACAACGUAGUCGCGGCUAGAUGUGCAGCAGAGUAUCUAGAAAUGUAUGAAACUGUAGAUAAAGGAAACCUUGUGUACAAAACUGAAGUCUUUUUGGAUACAAGCAUUUUCAGAACUUGGAAAGAUUCAAUCAUCGUUUUUCAAACUGCAAAGUCUCUUCUUCCUUGGUCAGACGAAUUGAACGUGGUUAGCCGUUGUUUAGAUUCAAUAGCUUCAAAAGCUUCCAUGGAUCCCUCUAGAAUUGAAUGGUCUUAUACAUACAAUAGAAAGAAACUUCCAAAUGAAAGUGGCAAUGAGUCGCCACUUUAUAAUGGUGUUAGGAAACAGCUUAUGGUUCCAAAAGACUGGUGGGUUGAAGAUUUAUGUGAGCUACCUGUUGAUUUGUAUAAGAAAGUCAUAACCACAAUCAGGGCGACAGGAAAAGUAAGCAAUAAUGUUCUUGGUGAAUCUUUAAAAGCCUACACAGAGAGAAAGUUAAAGAAGGACGGAAAAACAAGUAGGGAUGAUGUCAAGGUCCGUUAUUUAAUUGAAACGGUCAUCUCUCUGCUACCCCCUGAAAGAAAUAGUGUUUCUUGUGAUUUACUAAUUCAAUUGUUACAAGAAUCUGCAAAUCUUGGUGAUGAAUUACGGAAGAAAGACUUGGUGGGACGGAUUGGUGAGCAGUUGCAAAACGCAUCAGUUUCUGAUCUUGUGAAUCUUGAUGUGGAUUUGGUCCAAGAACUUGUUAAGAUCUUCAUCAUGCAGGAUCAGAUUGCUGACCAUGGUGAUGAACAUGAAUUCUUAGAAGUCAAAUUUGUUGACCCUGCAGCCAAAGUCAAAUUGGCUAAGCUUGUUGAUUGUUAUCUUGCUGAAAUUGCAAAAAAUCCCGAUUUACCAUUAUCGAAGUUUACUAAUCUUGCAGAUAUGGUGUCGUCUCUCUCUCGGCCUUCACACGAUGGGAUUUAUCGUGCAAUCGACAUGUUUCUUAAGGAACACCCUGGGAUCAGCAAGAUUGAGAGAAAAAGACUUUGCAGAUUGAUGGAUUGUAGGAAGUUAUCAGCAGAGGCUUGCAUGCAUGCCAUUCAAAACGAAAGACUCCCUUUACGCAUAGUGGUGCAGAUCCUUUUCUUUGAGCAGAUACGAGCCACCACAACGAGCAGCCUGCCACAAGUUGGCUCCUAUGGAAGCUCAAGAUCCACCACCACAAAUACAGAAGAUUGGGAUUCAGUACCAACAAGUGAAGAACUCAAGACUUUGAAAGGGGAAUUAGCUUCUUUAAGGAUUAAAGAUGGUGGUCAUAUUAACCAAAAGCCGAAGGGAAUGCAUAUGUCUUCAAGGAUAUUAUCAAAGCUAUUUUCAAGCAAAGAAAAAGAUAGUGACAACGAGAGUUCAGAUACGUCAGAGAGUCCUUGUUCAACAAAUGCAAGGGAAACAAAGUCGACUACACCUUCAAGGAGUAGGCGGCAUUCAACGUCUUAGUCUGUAUUUGUGUGUGUAAAUUGUGAGAGCAUCAUGUGUUAAGUUGUAGGGAGAGAUAUAAGAACUAGCAUGUUCUAAAAUAGGUAAGCACAAGUUUUUGUCACGAGUACAAGUGAUUUUGGUUAAUGAUAUUAUAUUGUUCAAACCUUAUUAGGUAAA